AUCCUCUAUGGGAGCUCAGAACUCAUCAUGGUCCCAUCACACUUCAGGAGCAUUGUUUUUCUUCCUUGGAGGGAUAAUAGUGCUUAUCAUAUUGCUCAUUCUUCUCUUUGUCUAUUGGAUGGUUAUUAAACGGAGAUCACCACAAGAGGCAGAGGAGAAAAUGGAAAAGAAACCUUCAAUAAUGAGUCAACACCAUGAUGAGGUGGUGAAGGUAACAUUUUCAAGCAAACAACAGCCAGGAUCAAUGGACUUCUUUAGUGGGAGCCUUGGGACAAUUAGUCACUUCAACCUGAACACAUUGAGAAGGGCAACCAGGAAUUUUCAUAGCAAAAAUCUUCUUGGAAGUGGUGGUUUUGGCCCUGUUUAUCAGGGAAAGUUGGCAGAUGGAAGGCUAGUUGCUGUUAAGCAAUUGUCUGCUGAGAAAUCCCAACAAGGAGAAAAAGAGUUCUUGGCAGAGGUGAGAUUAAUCACAAGCAUCCAACACAAGAAUCUUGUUCGCCUUCUUGGUUGUUGUACUGAUGGAUCUCAAAGGAUUCUUGUCUAUGAAUACAUGAAGAACAAAAGUUUGGACCGCAUCCUAUAUGGAAAAAGUGACCAAUUCCUGGAUUGGAGCACUAGAUUCCAAAUUAUUCUUGGAGUGGCACGGGGAUUGCAAUAUCUACAUGAGGAUUCGCAUUUGAGAAUUGUUCACAGAGAUAUCAAAGCAAGCAACAUUCUUCUUGAUGAAAAGUUUCAGCCAAAGAUUGGAGACUUUGGGCUAGCUAGAUUCUUUCCAGAAGAUCAAGCUUACCUUAGCACUCAAUUUGCUGGAACAUUAGGUUAUACGGCUCCUGAAUAUGCUAUUAGAGGAGAACUAUCAGAAAAGGCCGAUAUCUACAGUUUUGGAGUUCUUGUACUUGAAAUUAUAAGUUGCAGAAAGAAUACAGAUCUUACUUUACCAUCAGAAAUGCAAUACCUUCCUGAAUAUGCAUGGAAGCUUUAUGAGAAGUCAAUGGUGAUGGGACUGGUGGAUCCAAAGCUAAGGGAACAUGGAUUGGUGGAGAAGGAUGUGAUGAGAGCAUUCCACGUGGCAUUCUUGUGCCUACAGCCUCAUGCAGGUCUGAGACCAGCCAUGUCAGAGAUCGUGGCACUGUUGACAUUCAAAGUUGAAAUGGUGUCAACACCAAUGAGGCCAUCGUUCUUUGAUCGGAGACCCAAGAAGCACGAUGAGGACAUGCCCUCUUGGGAAGCCAUAUCAGACACUUUCUCAGUUCCAAUCAUAACUGAUUCUAAUCUUCCAACAUCUGAAGAUCGCUGAUCAAACUAACAGGAACAGCUGUACUAUAUGUAUAUAUG